CCCCUUCUCAUUGAUUCAUCUGAUCAGCAGUAAAAUUAUGGCAUUGAUCGUCUACUGGUACGAUUUCAUCUGCUUUGGUAUAGUCUUGGCUGCAAUCGUUGCGUCCUUGUGGUUUCUAUUGCGCAGAGAAAGAGGCUGCAUAGACGUUGGCGUUAUGGUGGCGCAGAAUAGCUUGUUACUCAUGUCAAGAUCAGAGUCAGAGAGCCUUGGUUCGGUUCGGUUAUGGGCCAGCUGCUGGAGAAGGUUACAUCCUGGCUGGAUCCUUUUCACUCGUUCCAUCUCGUUUCUCUCCAUGACUGCUCUAUUGGCUUGGGACCUCAUUAAGUGGGACGCAAGCAUCUUCGUCUAUUACACAGAAUGGACCUUCAUGCUUGUGAUGAUCUACUUUGCGGUUGGGAUUUUAGCUUCGGUAUAUGGUUGCUUGGAAUGUUCCAAAGAACCAACUCUGGAAAAUGCGGUUGUAGACAAUGUCGAAGAUGAAUUCAGGCAAAGAUUAGGGGUUUAUGGUUGUUUCAUGCAGACAAUUUUUCAGACAAGUGCAGGGGCUGUGGUGCUCACGGACGUUGUGUUUUGGCUACUUAUAGUUCCCUUCCAAUCGAAUUCUCACCUUGGCUUAAACAUGUUGAUGAUUUGCAUGCACACGGCGAAUGCAGGCUUCCUCCUAAUCGACACAGUACUCAAUCGCCUUCCGUUCCCUUGGUUUCGAAUGGGAUACUUUGUGAUAUGGAGUUGUCUCUAUAUCGUCUUCCAAUGGAUCAUCCACGCAUGUGGCUUCGCUUGUAUCUACUUAGGUGGCCAUAUCCAUUCCUCGAGCUUGAUAGGCCAUGGGCUCCACUAUGGUACUUAUGCAUGGCAAUUGCUCACAUCCCCUGCUAUGGAGCUUAUGCUGCAAUUGUAAAAGCCAAGAACACAUUCUUUCCUUAUCUAUUCCCAAAUGCUUUUGUUAUAACCUAAUUUAUGUAUAGCCAAACAUUGUAAUCUCUCGUUGAUUGUGUGAUAUACAAAUAUCAAUAAGUUUAGAACAGAUGA